ACUAGGUGCGGCGUCGCGUCGACACGAGCCUGCGGCGUGCCCCGGCUGCUAUGCUUGUCCGCGGUGUAAUGCGCCUGCCUUGUCCAUCUCCAUCUCGCGUCAGUUGCUGUACGUGGCGUGCUGCUCGUACUGUCACUGGCGCCACGGUGAUGCUUGUGAGGAGCUGGAGGGACUCCUCGCCUCCCUGUCGGCUGUGACGGCGUCGAACUCGAUGCCGCCCUGUCACCGUGCUGCCGCCGAGUGGCGUCGCUCGAGCGGUGGGGAGCGGGAAGCCCACGGGGAGGCGUCGUCGAGCCUCUCCCGCUCGGCAAACUCGGAGUUUACCGGAGCGGCCGUGGCGGUGGGCGGGGCAGCCCCAAGGCACGCCGCUGUGGCGCUGGAGGAGCUUCGAAACGCCAUUUGUGAGCGAGCGUUGAAGAGUGCGGGCAGUCCGCCUGGGCGGGGCCGCUUCGCCGCGCCGUGCGAAACCGCCACGGCGUCGCCUGAAGCUGGGGACAGAAAGGCAGCAACUUUGCUUCAGGGCAACGCUGAUGCCUUUGUACGGGGGACGCAGCUGGAGCAACAUGGAUCUUUUUUUCCGUGCACGCAUUCGUUCUGGGCUAACCAAGGCGUGAACUCUGUGAAGCCUCCAUAUUUGCUGCUGCAAAGCACGCGCCUACCGCUGCUGGCUAUGGUACUUCCUUCCCCUCAGGAUGUGAUGGAUGUGAGCGUUGGGGCGCGUCGCUUGAAUUCUCCAAUUCUCUUUGUGGUAAAUGGCGUGCGGCGGGAUCCUUCUUUUGGAAGGGUUAAGCAGGUGCUUCAUGCACAUGGUGGCAGUGGGGGUCAACACUGUCAAGUCGCCACGGUGCAGUUGGCUGCUGCAUUAUACCUCCCUGUGCUUCAGCUUCAACGACGCCAACAUGCGCUCGACGAAUCGCGGAGGUGGUUCACGUGGCGCAAUUUUGGUGAAGAGUCGCUGGGCAUUUGUCGCUUCACAAUGGAGAAGCAGGUGGGUGGUGUCUUUGCGUGCUCUCUGGUCAUUGCGGCGGGUGCUGACGCCAGUGAGUGGGUGACCCUUCCUCCACGCCUCGGUAAUUGUGCCUCGACGCGGGAGGCGUUUUCUGUAACUCUUCAGCGCAUCGGCGAGGAAAGGGCAAACGUCAUGGUUGGCUUCGUUGUGGAGGUGCUGACGAUGCUGCCGCCAUGGCGUGGCGAAGUAGCGAAGGAAGCAGCUGGCCCUGAGGUCUCCGCUUCGGUGGAAGGGGCGGAGGGAGCUUUCAGGAAGCGUCAGCAUGUUGUGAGGUACGGUUUAACGAUCACAUGGUAG